AUCUAUCGUCAAAGUGUUGUCCGAGCGGAACAAUCUCUCUUGCUGUCUGCAAUUCACAAUGGCUUCCUUCACUACAACUUCUUCCGUGCUUGUCCCCAAAACGGUACUUCCCGUAAGCCACCCGACACGCUCUCCUACACUCUCCUCCGGUAUCCGCCUUACCGGAAAAUGGAAUCCUCUGCUCCAAAGCAUCUCCUCGCGUCGGGCUGCGAUUGUCAAGGCUGCGACGGUGGAUUCGGAUUACUCGUCGAGAAGGAGCAGCAGCAACGAGCAGAGGGAGACGAUAAUGCUUCCAGGGUGCGAUUACAAUCACUGGCUGAUUGUGAUGGAGUUCCCCAAGGAUCCAGCGCCAACGAGAGAGCAGAUGAUUGAUACUUACCUCAACACUCUCGCUACUGUUCUUGGAAGCAUGGAAGAGGCAAAGAAGAAUAUGUAUGCAUUCAGUACCACCACUUAUACUGGAUUCCAAUGCACCAUUGACGAAGAAACAUCUGAGAAGUUCAAGGGUUUGCCUGGAGUUCUCUGGGUUUUGCCUGACUCCUACAUAGAUGUCAAGAACAAGGACUAUGGAGGCGACAAGUACAUCAAUGGAGAGAUUAUCCCCUGCACAUACCCAACCUACCAACCAAAGCAGCGCAAUAACUCCAAGUAUCAAAGUAAGAGGUACGAGAGAAAAAGAGACGGUCCACCACCUCCUGAGCAGCAGAGGAAACCAAGACAAGCACCACCACCCGCUUCUGGUUCCUCUUGAACUAUUAUAAGACAAUGUCCUUUGUAACGGAGUGUAUGAGAUUUUGAUCGAUUACUUAGUCCCUAGCUUAUUCAAACCGGAUGUAAAAUCGUCUAGUAUCAUGUAUGUUUUGGAACAAUACUUAUGGUUAUGUAGAAUUACACUUUAUCUCGAACCGCUGGUUUAAGUUCUUCGGCUA